AUGGCUUCUCAAGUCAGACGAAAUAUUCCUUCUUUUUCAGCUGUAACCUCCAGUUUCAAGUCAUACAUUAGCUCAUUACCAUUAUUAACCACCAUAAUCGCGUUACUUUCCAUUCUUAUUUAUAUUGUUGAUUCGAUUCAGACAUUCUCUAAUAAUUAUUUGUUUAACUUGCUUGCUCUUGAGCCAAAAGCGUUUUUCCAUUGGGGAGUAUAUCGACUUUUUACAUUUCCGUUUCCACAUUUGUCACUUGGACACAUUUUAUUUUGUCUGUUGGCGUUUGUGCCAUUAAGCACAGCCAUAGAACAUACAAUUGGAACAUUGGAAUAUUGCUAUGCGUUGAUAACGGUGUUUACGAUAUUAUCGGGAUCGUUUUAUUUGAUUGGGUCGUUGAUAUUUGACUACAGGGAGGUAAUGUUGGGUGGGCUGAGUACUUGGAUUUUUGGUGUUGUGGUUUGGGAAAGUAGAGAAUUGGCAGGACGAGAACGAGAUAUCUUUGGAAUAAUUAGGGUUCCUGCACAUUUCUAUCCACUU